AUGUCCAAGGCGGAGACGGGUGAGGCUGAACGCAUAGAGCGCGAGCGCAAGACGGGAUUGGCAGCGUACAAGAACAAAGAUUUCAAGGCUGCCAUCCGGCAUCUCGAGAAGGCGCGGAAGGUAUCUCCCGACGAUAUCUCGAUCUUGGUUGCUCUGGGAGGGGCAUACCUACACAUCAAGGAUUACCAGAAGAGUGUAGAUGCCUGCGAGAAAGUCGUCCGUUUAUGCGAAGGACGCCCAGAGGGUAACACACCUGCGGCCGAAGCAUUAGCCACCCUGAGCCAUGCAUAUUUCAAGCUGGGCGACGCGCCCCGAGCCCUCAAGUGCUAUCGUCGUUCACUGGCCAAGUACCACGGGGACAUUUUCAGCAAGUUGGAUAAAUCGAAGCUGCCUUCGAAGUCCUGAUAUUCGUGCGAUUUCCCACCUUCAUGGGACUGCUAGACGAGGUAUCACUAAACUUUGUACUACACCACCCGUCGCAAUGCGCUCAUCUUGAAGUCGAUUCGCAUGACCACUCAUCAAUCAUGUCGGGGACCAGACGAACAC